GUGAAGCCCAAUUCCUGGGCCAGCACAUGUGACAGCGUGCUGAAGUCGCGCGUCAGGGUCGAUCAAUCACGCGUUGCAGGCCCACUUCUUCUGAGCAGACAACGCCAGCGACCACUCCUCCCAGACACAUCACCAGCCAAUACACAUCACACUGCAUGACUUCAUCCGGGGCGCCUUGAAAAUGCCAGAAGAUUCAGAUUCGGACACGAUCCGUAUCCUGGUCUCGUCCGAUAACCAUGUCGGCUUCGAGGAGCGAGACCCCAUCCGCAAGAAUGACAGCUGGCGGACAUUUGACGAGAUUAUGCAGCUCGCCCGCACCCAGGACGUCGACAUGGUGCUCCUCGGCGGCGACCUCUUCCACGACAACAAGCCAUCGCGCAAGUCCAUGUAUCAGGUCAUGCGCUCUCUCCGAAAGAACUGCCUUGGCAUGAAACCGUGCGAGCUCGAAUUUCUCAGCGAUGCCGCCGAAGUCUUCGAGGGCGCCUUCCCCCAUGUCAACUACCAAGAUCCCGACAUCAACAUCUCCAUCCCGGUCUUCUCGAUCCACGGCAACCACGACGAUCCGAGCGGCGACGGCCACUACUGUUCCCUCGACCUGCUGCAGGUGGCUGGAUUGGUCAACUACUUUGGCCGUGUUCCCGAGGCCGACAACAUCCACGUGAAGCCGAUACUGCUGCAAAAAGGGAAAACCAAGCUGGCCCUGUACGGCUUGAGCAACGUACGGGAUGAGCGCAUGCAUCGCACCUUCCGUGACAACAAGGUCAAGUUCUACCGACCAAGCCAGCAGAAGGAGGACUUCUUCAAUCUUCUGGCGGUACACCAGAACCAUUACGCCCACACCCCGACCAGUUACCUGCCCGAGAACAUGCUGCCGGAGUUUCUCAACCUUGUUGUCUGGGGCCACGAACACGAGUGUCUCAUUGACCCGACGAAGAAUGCGGAGACGGGGUUUUACGUUAUGCAGCCGGGUUCGUCGGUGGCUACCUCUCUUGUUCCCGGCGAGGCUGUGACCAAGCACGUUGCCAUUCUCAGUAUCACCGGCAAAUCCUUUGAGGUGGAGAAGAUCCCUCUCAGGACGGUUCGGCCGUUUGUCACUCGGGAGAUUGUGCUGGCCAACGACAAGCGCUUCAAGGGGUUGGAGAAGAAACAGGACAACCGCCAGGACGUCACGAAACGGCUGAUGCUGGUUGUCGAGGAGAUGAUUGAGGAGGCCAAUGCAGCCUGGCGAUCGAUUCACGGCGAGGUGGACGAGGAUGAGCGCCAACCGCUGCCUCUGAUUCGCCUCAAAGUGGAAUACACGGCACCCGAGGGCGCCGAGUACGAAGUCGAGAAUCCACAGCGUUUUUCCAACCGGUUUGCAGGCAAGGUGGCAAACCAAAACGAUGUCGUCUAUUUCUACCGCAAGAAGGUUACAGCAUCAAGGAAAGUUAAUGUUAGAGGAGAACUCCCAGCGAGCGUGGCAGAGGUUUUCGGAUCCACCGACGACGUGGUCAAAGUCGAUACCCUGGUGCAGGAGUUUUUCGCCCAGCAGUCGCUCAAGAUCCUUCCGCAAGCGCCAUUCGGAGACGCCGUCAACCAAUUCGUCAGCAAAGACGACAGACACGCAGUCGAGAUGUUUGUCAUGGACUCGCUGUCUACCCAAGUCAAGGGUCUGCUGCAACUGGAGGACGACAAGAUCACGGAAGGCCUGGAUGCCCACAUCGACGAUUUCCGAAAAGUCAUGGAGAAGAGCUUUGUCUCGGGUAAGAAUAAGCAGGCGCGGCGCAAGAAGCGGUUCAAGGAGAAGCCCGAUGGCUGGGACUCGGAUGUGGACGGGCACUGGACAGCGCGGCCAGAAGCCAUCGAAGAAGUCCCUGCGUCGCCCGAGCCGGCCAACGGUGGACGCAGCCGAGCAGGACCGACGUCAGGAGUCACAUUCAGCGAUGAUGAUGACGACUUAUUCGUCGGUGAUGUGCCUUCAGUACAAGAAGCUCCGGCGAAGCGUGGGGUGGCAACGACAAGGACGACGAAGAAGGCGGCCCCGGCCGUGAAAGCAGCACCGCCCGCCAAGAAGGCAGCCACAGCGAGGAAGGCUCCAGCACGGGGUCGGAGGAAAGCGAACCCUUUCCAGGACAGCGACGAGGAGGACGAGGACGAGGAUGUAAUCAUGGAUGAUGAUGAUAUGAAGCCAGAGCCCCCGGCAAGACCACCUACUCGGUCGACCCGAACAACUCGUGGCGCUGCUGCCAAAACUCGCCAGACGACACUGAACUUCUCGCAAUCACAAAAGCCGAAGGCGUCGCACAAGGCUAUUGAGAUAAGUGAUGACGAGAUUUCGGAGGACGAUGCCUUCGAGUCGAUGCCGGCCACGCGAAGCAGGCGGCGAUAGCAGGGCUUGGAGCUGGCUGCGCGAGUACCUGGCCAUUAGGAUUGCUUUGUACAGAGCUUUGGAUGACGGAGAAGGGUAACAUAGUCGUUAUCUGAGUCCAAUCUGCCGU